AACAUUUCGCUGACUUUCUGCUUCGGACGUUAAUCCCUUAUAAGCCACCCCCGCCGACACUCCUGACCUCGUUUGGCGACAACGGGCUUGUCUCGCGAAACCGGGUUUUUGAACUGUAGUUUACCAAAGAUUUGGGGUUCUCUCAACGUAUCGCAAAACCAACGACACCAUCUAACCGACGGCUGACACUGUCGGACACAAUGGCAUCAUCAUCCAUCCCCUCCAAGACCCUCCAGGUCUCGCCCACGAUCACGUACAAGUACUACUACUCCCCAGCCUCCGAGCCGGCCCUGCAGACCCUGCUCUUCCUCCACGGCUUCCCCUCGACCACGGCCGACUUCCGCCCGCAGCUCGAGCACUUCGCGUCCCGGGGCUACGGCGUCCUCGCGCCCGACCUCCUCGGCUACGGCGGGACCUCGAAGCCGGCCGGCGCGCGUGAGUACGUCUGGCGCGCCAUGAGCGCCCACGUCGCCGCCAUCCUCGUCGCCGAGGGCCUGGCGGGCCGCGCCGUCGUCGGCGUGGGCCACGACCUGGGCUCCUGGUUCCUGAGCCGGCUGUGCCACCUCCUGCCGCCGCGGCUCGGGCUCGCGGGGCUCGUCUUCCUGGACGUCGGGUACGCCCCGCCGGGCGGGCGGUUCGACGUCGAGGCGAUCAACCGCGCGACGGCGGAUCCGGCGACGGGCGAGGAGCGGUUCCGGUACUGGGACCUCUUCGCGGGUGGGCCGGAGGCCGUCGCGCUGAUGGACCGCGAGGCCGCGUCCGUGGUGUCGCUGAUGCACGCGCCGCCCGGCGUGAUGGCGGCGAACCUAGGCCCGCGGGGGAGGGCGAGGGAGUGGGUGUCCGCGGGCCGCGUGGUCGCGCCGGCGGCGGGGGACGCCUUCGCCACGGAGGCCUACCUGCGGGAGAAGACCGCCGUGUUCCAGGAGGGCGGGUGGACGGGGCCGACGAACUGGUACAGGGCGCUGCGGGACAACCUCUCGUUCGAGGACGAGAGGGACAUGGAGAAGGGGAUCCGGGUGCCGGUGAUGGUGGUCGGGUGCGGGCGGGACGAGAUGACGACGGCGGGGCUGCAGGACCAGAUGACGAGGCCGUGGGCCGGGGCCGGGUACCGCUUCGAGGUGCUCGACACGGGGCACUGGGUCAUGCUCGAGGACGCGGCGGGGACGAACAGGUUGCUGAGCGAGUUUCUGGACGGUCUUCCCUGACCGCGAGGGUUGUGGCGUGCGGGGUGAUGGGCUCUCUUCUGUCUGGCGGGUGUCUACAUACACUCUUUUCGUUCAUUCUGAGAGGAACCCACUAGUUGGAAGACAUAACUUGUACGAGGAAAAGCAGACGGAGCUCUCGAAGGGGGGGCGCAUCAACGGCAACAUGCUCUGUUGGAGUCCUCUCUGCGAUGUCCCCCGGCCGCCCCUGAUGAGGAAUCUCAUGACGAAGGGGAGGUGACGAGCAAUGCCUUUGUAGGGUUGAACCAGAGAGACCUGGAGGGUAUUCCAAUUUUUCAUGUCCGCAGCACCUCGUAAGAUGGGUUCGGGUAAAGGCCCCGUUCUAUAUCGACACAGUUAUUCUCUUGUCUCCUUUUUGUCUGCUUUCUUCCUCACUCUCUCGCACCCCCACCACCCCCUUUUUUUUUUGAUCCCCAACGCCAUCGCAAUGCAUCAGUGACCCAAGACGAUCCGGUCGCACAAUCGACGUCCCUCGGAGACGGAUCGUGAGCUUUCCUCCAUCCUCUCCCCACCCUGACAGGCCAUGCAUGCAUGAACCCCUCCCCCCCGGUCCGUCAUCC